AUGGCUUCACGAGACUCUCCCGGUUCUCCUUUAUCCUCGGUGGGAUCUCUCGAGACUUCAGAUCAUGAAUCAAUGAAACAUGAAAGCCGCGCGCAUUCGCCCUCGAUGUCCAACAUGCCGCCCUCCAAGCGUCGCCGCACCGGCGUCGCGUCCUGGGACCGGCAGACUCCUCUUUCCUCAGCCCAAGACGAAAACCAACCACCUCCCUCCCCGACUGCCUCAAUUUCCUCCGAUAGCUCCGGCGAUAUCCCAAACUCCCCAAGCAUCCUUACUCUCCUUGGCACCAAUCAAGAAGAAGACUAUAGUGGCCAGAGCACUGACCAGGUCACUAUUUGCCGAUGGGAUGGAUGCAAUGCUGGCGACCUCGGCAACAUGGAUGGGUUGGUGCAGCACCUCCACAACGAGCACAUCGGGAGCCGACAGAAGCGGUACUCGUGUGAGUGGACCGAUUGCACCCGCAAAGGUCAAACGCAUGCUAGUGCUUAUGCCCUGCGCGCACAUAUGAGAAGUCACACCCGCGAGAAGCCAUUCUACUGCACUCUACCAGAAUGUGACCGCAACUUUACCCGCUCUGACGCCCUAACCAAGCACAUGCGCUCUGUUCACGAGACCGACACCAUGCGCCCAAUUGACUCCAUCUCAAAAGUCCACGGCACCCCGGGCAGCACUACUGGCACCCCAGCCUCGAAGCUGCAACGCAUCCGCUUGAAGCUGACCCAGCCCAGGGAGCCGGGAACUGAGUCUGAGCCACACACCGAAGCAAUCACUAUUGUGCCAACCCCCAUCAUCACGACCGACGCACACGAUCCCGAAGAGACCUCGAUGCCGGAGUUUGGCCCAGAGCUCGACUUCGACGAAUCGGAGCUCGCCCUACCCCCGCGCGACCUCUACCGUCUUCUCCGUCGACAGAUCGCAUGGGCUGGCAAGGAGGCUACACAGCUGCAAGCCGAGUGGGAGACAAUUCGCCCGCAGCGCGAGCGUGCAUGGCGCGAGAAGGAGGCUAUUUUUGACGACCUCAUUGACGCAGAGAUUGGGCUGUUCAGCGCUAUGGUCGGCUCGGUACCCCCUGCACACCUAACGACUAGCCUUGAAAAGUUGCAGCAGCAGCAGCAGCAGUUCCAAAAUCAACAGGAGCAGCUGGCGAAGUCGGCAGAGGUGCCGACUAUCGAGGGCAACACUUAG